AUCCAGGCGUGGCUCGAUGGCGCAGGGCUCCGCGCUUACAACCCCCCUUUGCCUACUCACGUUUCUGGCGCGACGAUUGAUCUGUUCUUGGGGCCUGCCGAAGCUUACCUUCCUGUGUCUGUCUUUGAUGAGUUCGUGGGCCUAUCGGACCUCAAGCUUGCCCAGGUCGACGUUCCCUUCUCCCCGGCCCUUUCGUGGUCUGCGGGCUUUGGGCGAGUGUCCUGGACGUCUGGGGACGAGUGGAUGUCCGCGCUCGAAAGUAUUUCGGAUCUGCUGGGCGUGCUAGCGGACGCCGUGGAGCAGGCCGCCAGAAGCGCGCGGCUUAGGCCGCCCUGGCUUGGGGGCAACGCCACUCGUCUGCAGCGCCGAGCUGUGCUCAACAACGCGGCUUGGGCGAGGGACGCCACGUACGUCUUAGUAGGCCACGCUGCCGGGGCCACGAAGGUGAGCCGGGUUGGUGCUGGCGAGGGGCGCGCGCCUUCACGAGCUCCUUUGAGUCCCGCGUCUUUACCGACGCAUGAGGCGUACAAAUCCGCCGUGGAGACUGCUGCGUGGCAGGGGCGGCGCAAAGCGGUCCACCGCUAUUUAUCCCUGAGGGGCACGAACGCAGGCGCGGCAGAACACUUCCUCACGGGCGUUUUCAAGUCUUCAGCCCGGUUCGACAGACAGCUAGUGGGCGAGUCUUCUGGCGCGGCUCUCUCGACAGUUGAGAUGCUCGACGCCAUCCGUAGGGACCUUUGCUCGCGCGCCGGGAAUGACUUCCCGCGGGACCCAGCCGAACGCACGCGCAUGUCAAGCCAGGCGGGGCCAGAGCAGCCGUACUCGGCAGAGGAGGUCGAGGCGGCCCUUGCGCUGCUCAAGCCAGGCAAGCGAACCGUGCGCAUGUGCAACGCGGCGGUGCGUGCCAAG